AUGUUCUUUCGUGCUGUCUGCCUUCAACAUUCGCCGGGUGAUGCAGGACGAAGCAAAGUGGGAAGAAAAUACCAUGCAACGACGCCAGCCACUUGUAGUGAAAGCGGACCUUUGAUAAACUGCUUGGCAUGGGGAUUUCAACAUUGCCCACUCCAAAUGAAGAACAAACACUCUGCUGCGUUGCGCCGAACCAACUUUUGCACCAGCUUGGAGCAAAAGUUCCUGGCCAUUCAUCGGCUCAGCACUUUGGAGGCGACUUUGGUAAGUCGGAAACUUUGCACCCGGCACCCGGUGAGAAGCAAACAAAACCUGAGAAAGGCUCUGGAUCUGUUGAAGACUUAG